GCCGACGCCUGGGGAUCCUGAACUGGAAGCAGUGAGCGUGGCUUGCACCCCACUCGCCCCUCCUGACUCUUGUCCUCUCUCUCCCUGCAGCCAAGGGGUUUGGAGCCACCUGCCCCUCCCUCUCCACCUUCUACUUCCUUUUUGUUGUCUUUGUGGUGUCCACCAUCUUCCACUGCCACCGGCGCCUGGCUCUGGUACCUGCCCCCUGGGCAUAUUCAGCCCAGGUGGUUGUGGUCCCCAGACACCACCCCCAGGAGGGCAUGUUCACUAUCAACUCCAAAGGCCGCCUGGGGAACCAGAUGGGCCAGUACGCCACGCUGUACGCCCUCGCCAAGCUCAAUGGACGGCCCGCCUACAUCCCCGCGCAGAUGCACAGCACGCUGGCCCCCAUCUUCAGGAUCACGCUGCCCGUCCUGCACAGCGCCACGGCCCGCAGCGUCCCGUGGCGGAACUACCACCUCAACGACUGGAUGGAGGCGCAGUACCGCCACAUCCCAGGGCGCUAUGUCCGCCUCACGGGCUACCCCUGCUCCUGGACCUUCUACCACCACCUGCGCCAGGAGAUCUUGCAGGAGUUCAGCCUGCACGAGCACGUGCGCGUAGAGGCCCAGAAGUUCCUCCAGGCCCUGCAGGCCACGCAGGCCUGGCGGAUGACCUUUGUGGGGGUGCACGUGCGCCGGGGGGACUACAUUCGUGUCAUGCCCCAGGUGUGGAAGGGCGUGCUGGCCGACAGAGGCUACCUGCAGCAGGCCCUGGACUGGUUCCGAGCCCGCUACCGUUCCCCCGUCUUCGUGGUCACCAGUGACGACAUGGCCUGGUGCCGGCAGAGCAUCGACAGCUCUCCUGGAGACGUGGUGUUUGCUGGCAACGGCCUUCAAGGCUCCCCCGCCAGGGACUUUGCGCUGCUCACGCAGUGCAACCACAGUAUCAUCACCGUGGGCACCUUCGGGAUCUGGGCCGCCUAUCUCACAGGUGGGGACACUGUCUACCUGGCCAACUUCACCCUGCCCAACUCCCCCUUCCAUAUGGUCUUUAAGCCACAAGCGGCUUUCCUGCCAGAAUGGGUGGGCAUUGCUGCGGACCUCAGACAGGUCCAGCAGAGCAGCCUUUAGGCCUGCUUAGCUCUCCCUGUCCUGGGCCUCUGGGGUGUGUUGUGGAGGGGGGAAUUGCAAUUCAGAAUGUCGGAGUCCAGGUGGUAUUUGAAUUUGCCUUUUCUACUUCAUAGCUGAGUGACCUUGGACAAAUGUCUUCAUCUUUCUGUGCCUUAGUGUGACACCUUGAAGAUGAACGCAGGCAGAACUUAGCAGUAACACAUGAGAAUCCACAAGUUCAUGUAGGGCUCUUGCUUAUGAAUCGGGGGAUGUGUGGGUAUGGGAAGGUCCUGGUUGCUGAGGGCCAGUGGACCAUACCCACUCGCCAGGUAUGUGGCCUGACGAGUGCCUGGAGCGCUCUCACACAGAACCUUACUUUGUUGCAGCACUGGUAGCAUGGAGUCCCCAUGUUCCAUAUCAGAUCCUAGGGGGUUCUGUGGAGGCCAUUCCUGCCCUGGAGCUCCAGGAACUCAAGGCUUUGCAUCCAUGGGCCUUCCCAUGACGGAAUGCAAGGGAUGGCAGGAUGCAGUACUGGGUCUUGGAGGUGUCCUCAGUGGGGAGGCUGUUCCCUUGCAGGGCGGCCGAUCCAGGGCGAGAAUGCCUCACCUUGGCAGCCCCGGCCACAAAGACUCGGGGUGCACAUUGUCAUGGGUGACAGCCUGACCCUAAAGGGCUAUGGAGACCAGACCACAGCCAUCUCAGCAGCUGCCUGCAGAUACGGUGACUGGCAACAGACGCCUCACCCCUGCUCUGCCUAAGCCCCUGGGACCUCAUUGCCACUCUGAGCAAUCCCAGCGUGGCCUGCCCAGGCCUGUCUUCCAUUGCUGUAACUGAGGGUCACAGAGUGGGAAGAGUAUAAAGAAGGCAGGUUCUUGAGGCCCCAAGGCCUAUAAUAUGGUGCUGGCAACUGUUUGCAGCCGGGUCAUGACAUGGCAGGACUGAAGGUCCUGGCUCAGGUCUGCCCUUUUGUGAAGCCAUGGUCCCCUGGGAUUGGCCCUUUGUCCUGUGACCUCUUACCUCAGUUGCCUUCCAAAGGUCCCACCCCCAGGCUCAUAGCUAGCUUAACUUCCCCACUCUCCUCCCUCACAAUGAGGAGUAACUUGCCACCCAGAGUCUUGGUGGGGACAUUCCAACCAUAGCACAGACAGAAGUGGGGUUAGGUGGCUACACAGCUGGUUUUCCUGUAUUCAGUGUUGUUGUUGUUGUUGUUAAUAGGAAUUUUAUUUUUACUUUUUUCCCACAUUUAUAUUGGUGCAUUAUAGUUGUACAUAAGUUCAGUGUAUUUUAAAACAUGGAGAUGCCAGAAUGUUAUUGGUGUAAUGCUCCUUUAUGGGUAUUUUAAAAAUCAUAACAAAAUCAUUUGAAUUCACUUAAAAUUCCUACCAGGUGCCCUGGUUUAGGGACCAUCUCUGUCACUUUCUUUCCUGCAUGACACCAUCUCCAGGUGUUUGACUUGCCAUUCUUGGGCUCACUUCCAGAGCCCAACCCCUCAUCCCCAUGGAGUGCUAAUGUGCCUUCUCAGAGUCGUCUUGGGCCUGGCUCCUUCCUUCCGUCCUUGACAGGGUGGUCAGGUGUGGCGUUGGCUAUAAAGUGGCUUGGGCACGGCAGGUCUCUGCCACCUCUUCCCUGCCACGUGGCAAAGCACCCUGAGACCUGGUGCUUAAGACAUGGACAACACUUGCUUUCUCACGCGGUCUCUGGGGGGCCGAGCUGCGCGGCUGUGUCGAGCAGCCAGGAGAUGGCCCUCCAGUGUUAGCUGGGCCGGGGAUCUGCUCCCAUGACUGGAGGGUUGGUGCUGGUCCUGGACAUGACCUCUGCCAGCCACUUGAGUGUCCUUGCAAUGUGCAGCCAGUUCCUCCAGAGCCAGGAAGCUGCAGAGGCCUUGGUGACCUAGCCUCAGAGGACGUACUGUCACCCCUGCCCCAUCUGUCACUCCAGACAGCAGCUCCGCCUCCACGUGGGAGGGGACUGCACCAGGGCCUGUAUCCCCCAAGUGGAGGUGGGGUCCUGGAGCUUGGUGAUUCAGCACACCCCGGCUCAAGCCACAGAUACCGAUUGUCUUACAGUCAUGGCGGACAGAAGUCCAGGUGGAGGGUGAGCAGGGCAGCUCCUCGCAGGCCCAAGGCAGGAUCUGUUCAGGCCUCCCUCCUCGCCUGUGUUGUCCUCACAUGUCUCCUGCUGUGUCUUCACAUGAUCUGCCCUGUGGGUGUCUGUCCUCAUCUGGUUUCUUAUGGGGACACCAGGCUGGAUCAGAGCCCACCAUAGCAACCUCAUUUAAUUACAUCCCAUGACCCCAUGCUAAGGUUCUGGGGGCUGGGGCUUGAGAUUUUGUGGGGACACAAUCCAGCCAUAUGGUGGUCUUCUGUGAUUCCUAGCUGGUUCCCUAGGGUCCCCUUCCCUUUUCCCUUCAUCCUCUCAGGACUGGCCCUCAGCAACCAGGAUCUUCCUCACAUCACCCUUGUGGAGAGACUCCAGCAGGAGGGAACAGGAAUCUGGGGUCCUGACCCCUGGGUGAGGGCUGUGCCCGGAUUCCCCCCCCAAGUAGACACUCAUAUGCCACCCCCUGCUGACUCCUCCACUUCCUCCAACUUGCCGCAUUCCUAGAGGCCAAUCGAUGGCACCUGUGGCCCUAUGGCCACCUGUUGUGUUGGGUCAGCGGAGUCCUGUCCAGAAGUGGAGCAAGGAGGGACAAUAAGGUCAGAUUAUUUGGUCUCCCAAGGAUGGUCACCACUUCCCACGGUCACUGGCCCUCUGGAGCUGUGCUGCCUCGCUGACCUGCGAUCCUACCCGUGCUGCUGACACCAUACUGUGGAGCUCAGCCCAGGUGGCCCAGUCUGAGUGUUCCUUGUACGUGGAUCCUGAUCUCACAAGAUUCCCACGUUGACAUUCUUACUGGGACACUGAAAUCACUGGGGAUCUGUGUUGGCUCACUGAGAAUGAUGCAGACACACGGCAGACACCUUGACACAAAUGGAGCUGGGGACAUUCCGGGGCAGGGAGUCAAGUGCCACUUCCCUGCUCUGGUCUUUCCUCGGCAUCCUGGGGGUGAUGUGGGUGAAGAUCUGGGAGCCCCGUCGUGCAGCCUCCUUGUCUUGGGCCCUUUCUGAGGGCCUCUGCCAGGAGGGAGUGGGACAGAGCAGGCCCCAAGCUGGCUACUGUGGGCUGGGCAUGUCACUUGUCAUGUGGCACUCAGCUCUGUGUGAUCUGGACACGAAGGGCCCCACUCUGUUCCCCGUGUGUUG